CCCCUCUGUAGCACUAUCAGAAUUGAGCUGUUUCUUCGCAGUUGAGGGAGCAUGGCAUCUGGAAUCGGAUCUAUCUCUGGCCCUGGGGCUGUGGAUGACAAGCGUCUCCAUCCCGGUGGCCUUGACUCGAUCACUUUCCCUACCAGGGUCUCGGAAAAGCUCCACGACCCCAGUAUCCCCUUUGAGGAGUAUCUUCACUAUGCGAAGAUGACUCGUCAGGAGGAAGACCGAUUGUACGGCCCUGGAAGCAACUUCACCCAAGGCUCUGGACCUACAAUGACCUUCAUCAAAGAGAAAAUUCUUCGCAAGCGAGUCGAGCACCGUCGCGAGUCUGUUCCUCAGCCCCGGCUGUCGAUCAGCGCUCAAGGAGAGGGACAAAUCAUAAGGCACGAGUCGGAUUCUGGCAACGAAAAGUCGGCCGUGGAGAACAAGAAGUAUGAACCCAUGACCAUCUCUGAUGAGGAAUGGGUUCAGGCCUCGCGCGCCGCCAGAACAGCUACUUGGGGCGCUGUCUUCUACCUCAUUACUACUGACAUUCUCGGUCCCUUCAGUACGGGAUAUGCCUUCUCACAAAUGGGCCUUGGCCCCGGUGUUACGCUCUUCACUGUCUUCGGCGCCCUCGCUGGUUACAGUGGGUACCAGCUCUGGCGCAUGUACCUUCAGCUGGACAGCGAUCGCUAUCCGAUGAAAGGAUAUGGCGACAUCGCUUUCCGUGUGUACGGUUCCUGGUUCCGCCAUACUUGCAACCUUCUGCAGUCGUUCCAAUUCUUCCUUAACGUCGCCCUCAUCAUCCUGAGCAGCGGACAGUCCAUCAGUCAGCUUUCCAAGGGCCAAUUGUGCUUCAUCGUCUGUGUGGUGGUCUGUAUGAUUGCGGGCUGUAUCAUUGGGCAGAUUCGAACCCUUCAACGGUUCGGUUGGCUGGCGUCUUGGGCUGUGUUCCUCAACUUGUUCAUCAUUUUCGCAACUAUGGGCGUCAUGGCUCAUUCACCUCCGAACUACAAGCUCUAUGCCGCUGCGAAUCCUGACUUCGAUAUUAAUAACCCGGCACCGAUCCAAGUUUCCGGCUCCGCUCCGCCCGGCCUCGACAUCGUCGACAACGUCAACGGUCUGAUGAAUGCCGUCUUCUCCUUUGGCGGUGCCACUCUGUUUGUCGAACUCAUGGCCGAGAUGCGUCGCCCCAUGGAUUUCUGGAAAGGUCUUCUUUGCGCGGAUCUCCUCAUCUAUGCUUGCUACAUGGUCUACGGAAUCUACACCUAUUGCAUGCAAGGGCAGUACGCCUACAAUGUAUCGUACCAGGGCGUCUCGCCGUAUGGUUGGCAAACAGCAUGCAAUAUCAUCGGUCUCAUCACUGGUCUCAUUGCCGCUGUUCUCUACGGUAACAUUGGCAUCAAAGUUCUCUACAACAACUUGGGUCGUGAUCUGCUCAACUUCCCAUUGUUGGAAUCCAAGACAGGCAAAUGGAUCUGGGUUGUCUUCGUCCCCAUCUACUGGUCCCUCGCUUGGGUCGUCACUCAAUCCGUCCCUCAAAUCAACACAUGGAUCGUCCUCGUCGGCGCAGGGUGCAUCUUGCAAUUCACAUACACAUUCCCGCCAUUCUUGAUGCUGGGAUUCAAGUGCCAGCGCGAUGCCAUGCUUCCUGGCGAGACAUAUGACCCAGCCACUGGCACCGUUCGGCAUGAGGACAGUGGUGUCAAGAGAUGGUGGAGAGGUUUCAAGAAGGAGCUCUGGUGGAAUCUUUUCGAUCUCAUCUUCUACCUGGGUAGCAUUGUGACAAUGAUUCUCGGUUUGUAUGCCGCAUUUACAUCGAUGGUGGAUGCAUAUAAGAGCUCUGUGAACCUGAGUGCCUGGAGAUGUGAGAGUCCUACAGGUUAAUCGAUGGAGGGGACAAUCACUUGGAAUUAGGUAGUGGUAAACAGCACAGCCGUGAAAGGAAAAGCUAUUGUACAAGGUUGGUGUUGUGGAAGAGAGCCUAGAUAUAGCUUCAUCGUUGCAAGUUGCUGGCUGGGUGACUGUCCAGAAGAAGCUGGAUAAUCUAUAGUUGUUCGAAUACUGUUGGCCUGUGAGGGAGGUCAUUCUCAAGACGCGCCCC